AAAUGAGCAAACUAUGGAAUUAUUUAAUAUUUCAAGGAUGGAUGUCGUAUUUGAUGGCAGCCGGCCUACUGGUUUUUACGAGCGGCUUUCUACUAAAUCGUGUUGCCAGACUAGAUCGUGCCGAAUGCAACUAUUGUACGAAUUCUGACUGUAACAUUCCACAACUUCUUCAGAAGCCAGAACUUGCUGCAGCCACUUGUAUCGAAAGAAAAACACGUGUUGUGUUACUAGUUGUUGAUGCCUUAAAGUAUGAGUUUGCAUAUUGGUACAACGAUAAUAGUUCAACUUCAUCUUAUUAUCACAAUAAGCUACCCAUAAUUCAUGAACUGUUGCAAAGUCAACCUAUGAAUUCACGUUUAUACAAGUUCAUAGCAGAUCCUCCAACAACAACCAUGCAACGAUUAAAAGGUCUUACCACUGGAUCUUUACCUACUUUCAUUGAUAUUGGAUCUAAUUUUGCUUCUGAAAGUAUUAAUGAAGAUAACAUUAUUGAUCAAAAUACUGCCAAAGGCAUUGUUUUCAUGGGUGAUGAUACUUGGACUAAUUUGUUCCCUGGCAAAUUUGAACGUCAAUUUCCAUCGCCAUCUUUCAAUGUUUGGGAUCUGGAUAGUGUUGAUAAAGAUGUUAGGUACCGCAUAUUUUUUGAAAUGAAGAAGAAAGAUUGGUCUCUCCUUAUUGCGCAUGUUCUUGGCAUUGAUCAUUGUGGACAUAAACAUGGUGCUAAUCAUCCUGAAAUGACUAGAAAAUUAAAUGAUACAAAUACUCUUAUAAAAGAAAUCAUUGAAUCUUUAGAAGAUGAUACAGUAUUUUUUGUUAUUGGUGAUCAUGGAAUGACAAAAAGUGGUGAUCAUGGUGGUGAUAGCAGCAAUGAAGUUGAAGCUGCUAUGUUUGUUUAUUCUAUGGUUCCUCUUGUAAAGUAUAAUUCACCUGGCAAUACUGUAAAUCAAAUUGAUCUUGUUCCCACAUUAUCAUCAAUUCUUGGAACACCUAUACCUUUCUCUAAUUUGGGAUCUGUUAUAAUUGAUUCACUUCCAAGUUCAACAAGAAAUGAACAAUCAGAAGAUGAUUUAUGGUAUUCAUUAUAUUCAGUGUGGAAAAAUGUUGCACAGACAAAACAGUAUAUAGAUGUAUAUUCUUCAGAUAGUUACCUGUUUUCUAAUGAACAGCUUAAAAAUUUAGAAAAUAUGUAUAAUCAUCUGCUUGAGCAAAUUAAGCACAUAAAUACUAUUGAGGAAUUUGAAUCUUUUAUUGUGAAUAGUCGAAAUUAUUUUAAAUUACUCAAAAGUACAUGUUCUGAAGUCUGGGUUCAAUUUGAUUCUAGUCUAAUGUCAAAGGGCCUACUUUUAAUGUUUUGUGCUUUGUUUUUCUUUUACCUAUUUAUUACAGGCAUUCCAGAAGCUCAAGAAUUAAAAAAUACUACAUUGUUUGCAACUGGUGCAGUAUCUAUAGUAUUAUUAGUGAUAUUAAUUGCUAAAAAUUGGGAUGUAAUUUCAAUGAAUUGGUAUGACUAUAGAAAAGUAAAAAAGUUGAGCUAUGUUACAAGAGUAGUACUUCUUUUAACAAUAUGCAAUCUUUUUUCUAAUAGCUAUAUUGUUGAAGAAGAUAAUGUACUAUCCUUUUUACUUGUUACAGUUCUUUGGCUUCUUAUGUUUAAUCUAAGGAAAGAAAGUAGUAAUGAAAACUCAGAAAGAAAAACAAAGCCAUUUUUUAAAUCACAGACAAAAUCAAACUUGAAAACAAUUAUAAUAGUUGUUGGUUUAAUAGCAUGUAUUUCCAUCAGACUGUCUUAUUAUUUUUGGCGUUGCCGAGAGGAGCAACAACAACGUAUAUGUUCUACGUUUGUUAUUGGCAAAACAAGUUCUAUAACAUCCGACAAUUUAGAACGUGUUUUACUUGCCAUUACCUUAAUUGUACUUGCAUUAUAUAUUACAAUAAUAAGAUUGUGGUUAAAAAAUUGUGGAAACCUUUCUGGUUUUUCUCCUAGUGUAUUGGUAGGACAAUAUUGUCCUGUUGUUAUUGGUGUUUGCAUGGGUUGUUAUUGGGCCCUUCAAAGAUUACCUAAAUUUGUCAAAGUAAAAUUUGCAUUAUCUUGGCAAGUAAGUACAUUGCCUAACAUAGUGUAUGCAUUGAGUUUGUUUGCAAUCUUUGUUUUAUACUACCGUCCACUCAAUAUAUUUCUACUGCCAAAAAGGAAAGAAUCAAUUAACAUAUACCAUGAUGAAAAUGUAGUACCUCGAUUAUUUAAGAAGAUAAAAGAGUCAAUUUAUCGGAAAAACAUAGAUGUAGAUGAUACACCAGUUGUUUAUGGCUUGGGUACUGCCUAUAGUGCUACAUUUAUCUCAUUAAGUGUAUUUCUUACGUUAUUAUAUUCUUUAUUGUUAGGAGAUAUAUUAUCACCUAGUACUUUCUUGAUGUUUAUAUCUUGUGCCUCUGUUUUGGCCUUGUCAGCAAUAGAAAGAUACAAAAAUGCUACUACUAUAUCUGAACUUGUAGAAGUACCUACUCCUGUCCUAUUGUAUUGGUUCUUAAUAGCAGAAUAUUUCUUUUAUGGAACUGGGCAUCAACCAACUUUUCCUACUAUUCAUUGGGAUGCUGCUUUUGUAGGGACAGGUGGACACUUCUAUGGAAGUUUAUUUCCAGCAAUCUUAAUAGGAAUAAACACGUUUGGGUCACACAUUAUACUAGGUGCAACAUUACCAUUAUUAGUGAUUGUACCAUUUACUUUCUAUCUUGUAUUUCCAAAGAUAGCUAAAGUAAAAUUUUUGGAAGAUGACAUGAAAAGAGGAGAACUGCUACUGUUUGAGCAAGAUUCUGCAUUUCAUGCAGCAGUUUUUUCAGUUGCAGGAAAAUAUAUAUUGCUUCAUGGAAUUAGAACAUUUGGCAGCAUGCUUGCUGCGACGAUUCACUGUCGGCAUUUAAUGGUUUGGAAGAUCUUCGCGCCAAAGUUGAUAUUCGAGGGUUUGGGACUGUUAGUAACGUUAAGCAGUGUAUUGGCUUCCUUUUACAUGGUGUUUAGAAUCGAUCAGCAAAUGGAACAUCUUAUAUCCAGAGUGACAAAAGGCAGAUGA